AUGUACAUCAAGAACCAAGCAUCAGGACUAUCGUUGGCAGGCCCCUCCGAGGACCACCACCACGAGGACAAUACAGAGGACCAGCCAUUCCUCAAUGACACAGAGAAGCAAGAAGGCGGGCCAGUUGCGGGAAAGACCAGCUCUUGGCCAGCUUCUCGUGGUCCACGAGCACCAGCCAGCUUGCGCUGGACGCUGAUACACAUUGGCCUCAUCUUGGUCUACACUGCCAUAUUCUCGCUGGCUACUCUAUCCCAAAUGGGCUCGGCAAGUUAUGAAUCCAAAAAUUCGCCAGAAAAGCAGUGGAUCACCAAUUCACCCGCACACGCGGCAGUACACUACGAAGCCCGCCCCGUAGACGGGCUCGCCCAAGGCAGCAUUUUCGCCGGGUACCCAACCGCAGAGUCCGACGCAGCAUGGGGCAAGCUUCUCCAAGGAAUCAACUUGCGUGUGCUGCCAUCCGAGGCUGAGGCCAUGCAAGGCUUUGAAAGUCUUGAGCUGCGCGGCGGGUCGGGCUAUCUUGGUGUUUUGGGAGUGUACCACGAGCUGCACUGCAUCAAACGUCUGAGGAAGUGGAUUUACAAGGACUACUACUAUCCCAAUAUGACUGAGGAAGAGUACCACGAGCGCGAAACACAUGCCGAUCACUGUCUCGAGUUUGCCAGGCAGUCAGCAAUGUGCCAUGGCGAUACCACAAUGACGGGGUUCAAGUGGCUGCACGACUCGGCAGGACGGGUGGUGGAGCCGACAACCCGCGAAGGGGCACUACAUCAAUGCGUCAACUGGGAGAAGCUGUCCGGAUGGGCCCAGGAUAGAAGAGUGAACUUGUUCGACCCUGAGCUGCUCGUGCCAGAAAGUGACGAUUUGUUCCUAUAG